AUGGACAUAGGAAGAAGGGCACUAAGCGAUGAGGAGUUUAGCAAUGCUUGGAUGACCAUAGAAAAGGAACUUCGGAAGCUUUCAUCUGGGGACGUGUGCAGUGCACUGGAGAUUUACAACAGCAUAUAUGUUAUUUGCACGUCUUCCACUCCAAGGCUUGAAAGCAAGUUGUAUUGGAAGAUAGGAGACUUUGUCUACAUGAAAGCUAGGGAGAUAAGAAGAGAAAUAUUUGAGGCCCGAGAUUGGAUUGAGGAAUACAACAAGGGAUUCCGGAAGUUCAAGGUGAUGGUGUUUGCCAUUGAUGAGCUGUGUGACUUCCUGAACGAGUGUGUGAAAGGAAGGACUAUGAGAGACCUUGGGUUUCUUCUGUGGGAAAGGUGUGUGCUUCAGCAAACGACGAAGUAUAAGCACACAACACUUGGAUUUGAGUUAGUGAAUCAAGAGAGAAUCGAGGUUGUUAAGGAAGCAAUCGAGUCUUUCCGACUGAUUGUUCCCGAUCUAAAGAAGCCUAUGCUUUACUACACACAGAGAUACGAGCAGUUUGCCCUCCAGAAGAUUGGGAGCAAGUACAUGGAGGAAAUUAAGUCUGCAUGCUCGGAGGUUGAAAGAUACUCGUUUUAUGUAAAGGAGAAGAUUUGGUACGAGAAAAGUAUUCGAGAAAAGAUAUUUCUUGAGGAAUCAUGGGAAAAGGUGGAGGAAGUGCUCGAGGAGGUGUUUAUACUAAACAAGAAGGAUUAUCUCUUUAACGAGAUCUAUGGGAUAAUGUCGAUGUAUAAACUUCCAGUUGAGAUUCUUGGAAAGGUUUUUAGAGGGGCGGAUCAUGACAAACACAGUUUUGAUUCUGGAGGCUACCGAACAAACGAUUUCUAUGAGCUACAGGGGGAAGAAGGGGCUAAAAAGUCUCACGGUGAUGUCUUUUUGAGGAAGAUGUCUGUUCUUUACAGGAAUCUGUCUGGACUCAAGUCUGCAUAUGAAAUCUUUAGAGAGGUGUUUACUCGAUAUAUAAGAGAAAUGAGUGAGAAGUAUAUGGAUAUAUACAGCAAGAGUAUUGAGACGCUUUAUAUUUUUCAUUGCAUGCUCAGACAUGUUGUAGAUAUUGGGUUUCUAGGGGACCAAGAGUAUUUCAAGAUACUGAAGAAAGAAUUUUCAGCCAGUUGCAUGAGACUGAAACCGUCUCUAGAGGCAAGGAUAUUAGAGUUUUCCGAGUGCAUUGUAGGAGAUAACAGCAACGUAUUCAAGUUUCUUGGUGAGGAGUUUGAAAGAAGCACGGCCAAGGGAAGCUUAGGGCUGCCGUUCCUAGGGUCUGGAGAUGCUUGUGAAGAUGGAUCCGAGCUCGGAAGAAGAUUUGAAGGAAAGAACGGGUUUCUGAGGCAGGUGUUUGGAACGUUGUAUAAAAUGGUGGAGAAUAAGCAUGUGUUCUAUGAGUUAUAUCUUUUGGGGCUUGGAAAGAGGUUACUGGAGAAAAGUCCUAACCUAUGCGAGGAGAGAAAAUUGAUUUCUUUAAUGAGGAGAAAGGGCAACCAGGAUUUUAUAAAAAAGGCGGAGGCCAUGGUUGCAGACAUAAGCAUUUCCCUAAGUUACAAUAAGGAUAGAGAUAGGUUUGUUUGGAUUCUGACACAAGCAUACUGGCCGCUACAAACAGAGAACUUGUUCAUCCAAAUUCCAGGACCUCUUGAAAUGAUAAGAAAAGUAUAUGAUUUGAAGUUCAAUAAAAAGAAGUUGCACUGGGCAUGGCAUUUAGGAAGUGUAUGCGUGGAGGUUGGUGGGGUUGAAAUCCAAAUGAAUGUUCCUCAGUAUUCCGUUAUUAAUCUCUUCAAUAAGUAUGAGCAAGUUGAUCUUGAGACUAUUCUGAGUUCCGUGAAGAUGGGGGCAAAGGUGGCAAACGAUGUCCUCAGGUCCUUAGUUGAGGGCAACCUCCUGGUUUGUAGUGGAGGUCUGUACAAGAUAGGAGAUGUGUCUAGUGCUGAGAAGGAUGUCCGAGGUUUGUAUUGUAGCGAGAGCAUCUGUAUGGCACAUGAAAUAGACAAGAAUGUGUAUUAUCAGUCUCUUGUAUCACGUUUGUUGAAGAAAAGAAAGAGGAUAGGUUUGGAAGAGAUAGCAAAGGAGAUUUUAUCUGAGCAUACUGAAAGGUUUGAGUACGAUGAAGCAAUCUUCUUGGAGGGGAUAAGAACCCUUGGAGAUAAAGGAAUCAUAGAGGACGUAGAAGAUGCUUAUGUCUAUCUGCCCUGA